CUCAUAUAUCGAAUAUCCGUCAUAUAUAAACCCCUUCUUAAACUCUCGAAACCCUAGUCUCUCAAAAAGCCAUCGCCGAUCUCUCUCUCUCCAUUUCUUUAGAGAAACAAACAUCUUCAUCCAUCAACAUUCAACAAUGGCGAGCGAGGGACUGGUUCUCCGCGGCACCAUGAGGGCCCACACCGACAUGGUGACGGCCAUCGCAACCCCGAUCGACAACUCCGACAUAAUCGUGACGGCCUCCCGCGACAAGUCGAUCAUCCUCUGGCACCUCACCAAGGAGGACAAGGCCUACGGCGUCCCCCGCCGCCGCCUCACUGGCCACUCCCACUUCGUCGAGGACGUCGUCCUCUCCUCCGACUCCCAGUUCGCCCUCUCCGGCUCCUGGGACGGUGAACUCCGUCUCUGGGAUCUCGCAGCCGGCGUCUCCGCCCGCCGCUUUGUCGGCCACACCAAGGACGUCCUCUCUGUCGCCUUCUCCAUCGACAAUCGCCAGAUCGUCUCAGCCUCCCGCGACCGCACCAUCAAGCUCUGGAACACUCUCGGGGAGUGCAAGUACACCAUCUCCGGCGACGGCGGCGAGGCUCACUCUGACUGGGUCAGCUGCGUCCGCUUCAGCCCUAGCAAUCUCCAGCCGACCAUCGUCUCCGCCUCCUGGGACCGCACCGUCAAGGUCUGGAAUCUCUCCAACUGCAAGCUGAGAAACACUCUUAGCGGCCAUGGCGGAUAUGUCAACACUGUUGCUGUUUCUCCUGAUGGGUCUCUCUGCGCCAGCGGUGGGAAAGAUGGAGUGAUUUUGCUCUGGGAUUUGGCUGAGGGGAAGAGGCUUUACUCUCUUGAUGCUGGGGCUAUUAUUCAUGCUUUGUGCUUUAGCCCUAACAGGUACUGGCUUUGUGCUGCCACUGAGAACAGUAUCAAGAUCUGGGAUUUGGAGAGCAAGAGCAUUGUUGAGGAUUUGAAGGUUGAUCUGAAGACCGAGGCUGAAAAGACCGAGGAUACCCAUGCUGCCACCGCCAACAAGAAGAAGGUUAUCUACUGUACAAGCUUGAGCUGGAGUGCUGAUGGAAGCACUUUGUUUAGCGGAUACACCGAUGGUGUAAUCAGAGUUUGGGGUAUUGGCCGCUACUAGGAAAAGCUUUUUUUUUCAAUUUAUAUUUGCAAUAUGCGCUUUUGUUUUCUUAGUUUUGGGACGAAAUCAAGUUCUUAAAUUCUAGUGUUCUCAAAAGAGUGAUUUAGGAUCUUGUUGGAAAUGCUGGAUUUCUCAUUCUCUUAUGUUGACUUGUGCUUUGAGGCCAUUUGAUUCGGUUUUUGUUUUAAUAUUAUUAGG